AUGGAAGCAAAACUCAACAAUGAGGAACAGAAAAAAAGAAACAAAAAUAAAAUCCUGCUGUGCGGCCUGGUCUCAGGCAUUGUUACCAAAACGUUAUUUGCCCCUAUCGACCGGAUAAAGCUUUUUUACCAGAUCCAGCCAAUGUUUCACCACUACUCCAAGGAGAGAGACAAAGGUGAUUCAAAGGGCAAGAGGAAAAAACGCAUCACGAGUAGGAGCUUGCUCCUAAGCCGUGUAGACCAAUCGACAAGCAUACAAACUGGAACGAUAGAAUCACCCCCAACACGAAAAAGAUAUGCGCACAACGAAAAUGUGUACUUCCCUAAAUUAAAAAGUACAAUAAAUCAAAUAAUUCAUAAUUGUAAAAAAAAAAAAAAAAAAAAAAAAAUUAUGAACACUAGCGUAAAAUACGCUCAACUGUGCAGGCACUAUGAUCACGCAAAGUAUUCUUCCCCUCACCAAGUUUUUAAAAAGAUUUUACACACAAAUAAAAAUAGGACAAACAUAAGUAACGUAAGUAAUAAUUACCCCCUUUUAAAUAUCAACACUAAUGUGAAACAAGCCUUGAGAAGUAAAAGCAUCUACUUCAGUAGGACAACACUCAGUGUCAGUGCUAGUCAGCCAGUCAAAUAUCAAAGCAUUAUUCAAAGCUUCCUAUUCAUAAUAAAGGAAGAAGGCAUAUUAGGCCUGUGGAAGGGUAACCUAAUCAACACCAUUCGAGGUGGAAUUGUCUACUCAGCAAAAUUUGGAACAAACGAUUUGAUAAAAGAAAAAUAUAAAAAAAAAAAAAAAGAUGACAGUGUUGCAGUGGAGGUUUUCCCGAAAGGGUCACCCACCAAAAAUCAUUCACUGAACAAUAACCAAUUGAUGCAAAAAAACUUUAAUUAUUACGAAAGUGUGAUAGCGGGCUAUACCUCAGGUAUAAUACAAAAGACGCUGUCAUACCCUUUAGAUUUACUAAGUAUAAGAGUAGCCCUAGGAAUAAAUGAAAAAUAUUUGCGGAAUAACAGCUCCAUGUUUAAUGAGAAAAAAUCCAUCCUUGGCAUAAUUCGUGAAAUUAAUACUAAUGAAGGAUUUGCAGGUUUUUUCAAAGGAUAUUUACCAACCCUAUUAACAGGCGUACCUUAUGUAACAUUGCAAAUGUUAUUUUUUGAUUUUUAUAAAAAUAUUUUUCAAAAUUAUUUUCCACACAAAUCAAAUUCGCUAAGUUCUGUGGCCAUCUACUCAUCCAUUGCCGGAUCGCUCAGUAACCUCUCCUCGUUAAUUAUUGUCUUCCCAGGAGACACCGUUCGAAAGAGAAUGAUGAACAACGGAAUAGACAACAGAAAUUAUAUCUACAAAAAUACCAUUCACUGUAUUAAAAAUAUUUACCACUGCGAAGGGGUCAGAAAUUUCUACUACGGUUUGUUUCCCUCCAUGCUCAAGUCCAUCCCUUCGGGCGCCAUACAGUUCAUGUCCUACGAAAUUUUGAAGCAUAUGAUGUCGCAGGCGUGA